UGCCCUGGGCUUUCUGUGCUGCUUGUUUUUCCUCUAAGAUCGCUUUUAAUCCAGAUAAGCAUCACAAACCACCCUGCAGCACUGCUCUGAAGUGGUAAUCAGGAGGUAGGAGGGAUUAAUGGCUGAAGGAGGUGGUGGCAGAAGCCCUGGCAGCGUGGGCACAGAGUAAUUCGUCCUGCGAUGAGUCAGUGGGAGGCACAGUGAUUCUGCAUUGUGCCACAUUCAAGUGGCACGGCAGUGAGGAGCAGGCAGUGUUCCCUUAGCUCCCAACCCUUUAAAUCCAUACUCAGCCUGGACCUGCAACUGCAGCAUUGUCAUCAAUUAGGAGGAAAUUCAGCCGUGCCUGCCUUGGAGGGUGAGGUUUUACAAUACGCUUCUUCCAGUGUCAUUGCAUGUGGCUGGUGACAGUGGUGACAUCCCACCCCAUCUCCUGCCUCUCUCAUUCCUGGGGAUGUGGUGGCUCACUUGGCCACCCUCAGGCACCAAGCUCGCAGCCUCGUGAGCCUCACGCCCAAGCGAGAGCAUGGGGUGAGCUGCCAUAGGACUGCAGAGCCUCUGGGUCGGGUGUGAGCACUUAGUGGGAUGGUGGUAGAGGCAAGGGGAACCCACCUGCUGGCCCCAGCCUGGAACCAAACAUGCAGCUGCUGGUGGCUGCUGUGAUCUGUGGGAUGCUGGGCACCAGGGCCAGUCCCCUCAGAUGGCAUUUAGUGCCUGCAGGGAGUGCCAGCGCCCACUCCUAACGCUGGGUGAGGAUGGAAAAUAUGGAGAGUUGUGGUAGCCACAAACAGCUACAACAAAAUAGAAAAAUGUGGUAGCAAGCAGGAGGUAAAGGCAGCUUGAGAAAUGGUGGUUAUAUGGGAGGGAGGAAGGGAGAGAUGCUUGCACUUGUUUAUUCAUUCAUAUUUUUACUGACCUUGUCAUAUUUAGGCUACAUCAGAAGUGUUUUACAACCAGUGAUGAUUUGGGGAAUGGGAGCACUCUGUAGGGUCUUUUGAAACACCUCCUGGCCUAGUCUUCCUACGUGCACUGAGCUCAGGUCAUGCUGCACUGCUGAGGUGUGAGCACAGAUCUUGUUCAGUCGUUGUGCUUUGUAUUUUCUUUUGCUAGCAGGCUGUAAUCAGCCAGGAGAUGAGGGAAAAGGAAACUGCACCGUGCACUGAGACCUCUGCCUUUUCUGAGCUGGCACAGGAAAGUCCAUUUCUAUGACAGCUGAGCUGAGAAAACAAACCACCACCUCCCUCAUAUUCCUAAACAGUUGGUGAAAUGGAAGUGGAUCAGCUCUGAUAUAAAAGAGCCUUACAGCUGAAGCUUGGUGUUUGGUGUUUUGAGAAACAAGCUGGGACAUCGGUGUCACUACUCUGAGUGCCUUUAUCCGCUAGUGAGGUACAAAGCCAGAGCCUGCCCAUUGUUCCUUGAAAAGUCCAUCAAGGACGUCGGAUAUACAGUGCAAUUCCUCUUGCAGCCAUCUGAUUUUGUUUCCUGUGAUAGUGAAGAUUAACGAGCGCUUUGUCAUAAACCUCAUUCACCUUUCCCUGGGCCAAAGGCAAAUUCUUCAAGUGAUGGAAAGGAAGGACACGAAGUCGGGGCCCAGGGGCAGCAGUGCCAGCACUGGGCAGGGAUCGGCGAAUGCUGCUGUGUGCUGUGCAUGUGAUGCCCUCGGUCUGUUGUUGCUACAUCAUGAUGGAUUGUGCUGGAUUUCACUCCCACAAAUCUCUCACUGAUGUGUAUCACAGGAGCUGUUUUGGCUGAGGACAGAGAGGGAGGCAGAAGUGCUCAGCUCCCAACCUUCCCAGCACAGGGAAGAGAUUCAAAGCCCUCCCUCGCUGUCUGACUGUUGUACAGGACUCACCCCAGGUCUAUGCAAAGCAGAUCCGUACCUUUUGCACUUGUUCACACCCUGUCCUACAUCUGCAGUAGGUUUUCACAUGGGGCUUUAUUUGGUGCCAUGCCUGUGCAGUAAUUGUGUUCUGUGCCAAUGCGUGCACUCGAGCACAGGGUCUGCAUGCCCCAAACAUGGUGAUCUGUGCUAUGAGCAGUGCAGAGCAACUACGCAGGGCUGCAAUUUCUUGUGCUGCAUCAAAGGAAGGACGUGCAUUGUCUUUUGCUAGACCCAUUACUCCAGGGAAGAGCUAGCUAGGCUGCUGAGAUCCGUCCCCUCAUUCUGCAUUCUUAUCUCUCCUAUGAGGUUUCUGCUGGCUUUCCCACUUCCUCAUAUUGUAUUCCUGGAAAAGGGAGGGUGGGAGUGGAAUUCUCCAUCAGACCUUUAUCUGCCACUGUGCACAAGGUAGUGGGCAAGCUGCAGUCCUGGUUUGUAGUGCUGUAUACUGAACUUUUCCGUUCACUUAGGGCAACCUGUGCUGUCCGCACCACCGCCAACCAACGCAUCAGCAAGGACUGGAACUGGCCAGAGGAGCUCCUGCUUGGGAAAUCAGGUUUGAUAGUGUCACUAUGUUGGAGCAGAUCCAUCUGCUGGCUGCCGUGACGGUUCUUGGGGUCCUGGAGCAAGCCUACUUCUUCCUCCAGGUGAUCCACGCCAGGCGCACGUUUGGCGUUUCUCCUCCCAACAUCUCAGGCCCACCUGAAUUUGAGCGGAUCUUUCGAGCACAGGUGAACUCCUCGGAGUAUUUUCCCAUUUUCGUGGCACUCCUGUGGCAGGCUGGACUCUUUUUCCACCAAGGUCUGGCUGCAGCCCUGGGCCUGCUCUAUCUUUACUCCCGCUACUGCUACUUUAUGGGAUACAGAGCAUCAUCCUCAGACAGGCUCACCCCCAUCUACUUCAGCAGCGGCGUUCUCUGGGUGCUCGUCGCAGCAGCGACCCUGGGCCUCCUGCAUUUCUUUCUCUCUCACUAUGUGGGUCUGAAUGUCCUCCGGCUGCUUGCAGCGUGAUGUCCUGGUCAUCACUGGCAUCACCACUUCGUAUCUGCUCCCAGCUACAAGCCCAUCUCACUGUGCUUCCAACACCUGUGCAGCUGGCAGAGCCACAGGGCCGUUCUGAAGGCUGUUUGUGCCCAGCACUCCGUGCCUAGCUGCUCUGUAUGACUGAUGGCCAAACCUUCUCCGAAGCAAGUAAUAUUUUUGGAAAACAGGAGAAGUAAGCUCUUCUCAGCCCCUGCAUCCAGCCCAGGCACCGUGGGGUCAGUGCAGCCUCCCAUGGUGCACAGCAGGAAGGGAAUUUCUGAGGAAGCACCUAUGGGCUGGGGCAGGGCAGAGACAAGGGGCGACCCAGAGCAGGUCCCUGCACACUGCUGGCUGUGCUGCGCCAGUGCUGCUGCACACAGCGUGCACAGGAGCUGCUGCCAAUAAAAGGAUGCUGAGCUUGCUGAGCUGUGCAUGUCCUCAUGGGUCUGCAUCUGGCAUAGGGCAAAACCUGUGUUUUGGGGUGCAGGGCUGUUUGGUUUCCCUGCAGGGAUGGGGACAAUAGUAGUGCAAAGCUGUUUUUCAGCAGUGCAGAGCACUUCAGGUGGGCUCAGUCCCUGUGACAACAGGACUGGAAACGCCGAUCCUAUGGGCUGGCAGUGCACAGCUCAGGGAACAGCAGAGGUGCUCUGAGCCCUCAGCACCAGAAACCUUUCACCAAAUUCGGCAAGAACAGCUGCAUCAGCGUGCUGCUGGAAUAACGGUUGUAUACCCCGUCAUGCUCCCUCCUUCCCCAGUGACAGGCAUAUCUUACACAUGAAGAACACAAGGCACUUUUUGGGGAAGUUAUGAACUUUGCGAAUUGCUUAACUUCCUUCCCUGAGGUUUAAAUUGCUUUGUCCAGCAGAGCCCCAGUCUGUUUCCCUUUCAGGCUCUUGAAUCCG